AUCCAACCUUCUAAAAAAUAUUGUAUUUCAGUUAAAUUUUAAAAUAUACAUUCCGUGAUUUCCAAUAAAGUCGGAACUGAUCGAAACAUUCGAAUUAUUCUUGCGGUAAUACGCAUGCGCGUAAAAAUUUGGUAAUAACAGAUAUGGUGUUCUAGGGGAAAGAGAAAUCAUUUACAGCUCGUUGUAUUUCUGAAACGAUUGAAGAACGAUCAUUUUUACUUGAAUGUCUGCGUUCAGCGAGUCAAAAUAUCUACUGUGUGAAAGUUCAACGGAAAUAGACGAGUGGCAUUGCAUAUUCAAUAUUCGAUUAUAGCAUGUAUGGAUACAUGGUAUAAUAACCGCAGUUCCAUCUAGAUUCUGUCCUCCCAUAGUAGCACCUAGCACUUGGUAGCACCGUUAAUAUGCAUCGUGAGCGAUCGUGAGAUGUUAGGAAGUUGCGUCUGGUUUCGUCCAAAGAGAGCGUAAGUCGGUGUGGGUGUGCAAACUGCUGGCAGGGUAGGACAGACGCACAAGUGAAAGGGCGAUGGCAAGGAGUGGUGAUAUUCAGAUAUUCAGUGAUCUUUAACAAAUGGCUCUGUCCGAGGUGCACAAUUUGACUGCAAUUAUCGGCAACAAUGGUUUUACUGUUAACAAGAACAACGUGGUUGAACGCAACAUCAGCAUAUUGGAGCCACGAAACAAUUAUUCAGUUGACCAAUGUAAUGCAGAAUAUAAUUGGAAGAAUUAUUGGAACUACGACUUAAUGGAAUAUAACACACAGAAAAAUAUGAAUGUAGAAGAUGAAGAUAGUCAGGAUUUAAACAAUCCUAUGGUCAAUGAUUUGGUCUCAAAAAUUCUCGAUGACGAUUCGAUUGUUGGUGACAAUGCUCAUAGUAACAAUUACAAUGGCAAUAUUCAAUAUCAUUCAGAAACUCAAUCUUCUAUCAUGGAGAACACAGACCUCAAUCUUACUACCUUAGAUCAUUUUAAUAUGCAUCCUACAUUCAACAAAUUACAAAACAGUGUUUCUAAUAAUGCUAAAUUUGAAUGUAAUUAUAAUAAUCUUUGCGGAGAACUGAAAACAUUGAGUCUCAAUACAUGUAUGGGACAAGCACCAGACCAAGGAAAUUUAUAUAAUAAUGGGGUUAAUGCAUAUCUAAAUACAUACCCAUCCGACUCUCAUUCAUACAUAUUACGUCCAAACAAUGAAAAUUCCUGUAUUAGUGGAAAUAUUAUGCCUCUAUGCAAUGAUUUGUUAACAACAACAAAUGAGACAAAUUCGUGUAAGCAAUCUUCUAACUGGUCAGAAAAUUUGUCAACUCCUGGAUGUACAUCAGACUUGUUUGGAAAUUAUGAGCGUAUACGAAAUUGCACGAAUCCAGAUCUUAAUUUUAAUAUGGCUGAUCCAAUAACUCUUAAUGACAUAGAGUAUCACAAUAAUAUUGGAACUGCUAAUACUUAUAAUAAUCCUACAACCACUAUGCAUGAAUUGUAUAGUAUGACUGCCAAUAAUCAAAGUUACAGACCAAGUUCAGCAAUGACUGAUUUGAGUAUCGAUUCUGGCUUUCUCUCAAAUUCUCCAUUGCAACAUUUUUCUCCAGCUGAUACAAAUUUGCAUAAUUGUUUUGGAAAUAAUAUACAACGCAGUAGUACCAACGACUAUAAUGAUUUACAAGAUUCUGGUAGAUUAAAUAUGGCAAAUAUCUCUAUACCAAAUGAAAAAUUUCAAUUUCUGCAGCAACAAGCUCGUAGUUAUAAAUUGGAUCAAGCUGUGGACCAAGAAUAUAAACAAUUAAUUGACUAUUCUGGUGUAAAUGAUUUCACCACGUCGUCGAUCAAUAGCUUAGAUACAAAUGAAAAUUGUCUUUCAAAUAACGAUUAUAGAAUCGAUAACAGUUUAUCGAAAAUUAUCAGUCCAAAAUCAAAGACUAUCGAAACUAAGACAUAUUCACCAAUUGGUUUUCCAAAAAAUCUGAGUUCACGUCAUACUCACCAGUCAAUUGCGAAAUAUGGAUACCACAAUUAUCAACAUUACACUGCCAAUAACGGCGAGACUUUGAAAAUGUUACCACAGAGUUCUACAUCCUAUCAUAAUUUGAAACAGCCUAAUAGUACUAAUGCAUAUAAAAUUGAAGGAUUCGAUCUCACCAAAGAAAUAGCUUUGCCUUCUAUGAGCCAUUUGACCAAUCCAAUUGCAGGGUCUUCAAUGAACAAGGAUACUUUUAAUUAUAUUGUGAAACAACAUCAUAUGCCAAGAAUACAAAAUACUCCUGGCAUUUCAUCAGCUGACGUUCUCUUCAAUUCAGGAAUAGUACCAAAUCCAAGUACAGUAAGAUCUGGAGUAUUCCCGUCGGUGAUGCCAGUUCCUGUACCACUUCCAGCUCCACGUCUAUUUUCUGUACUCUAUGGUGGAGGUUUAAGCCUUAGAAAUGGAAACGGAACAGCUAGACGUACAGCUCCUUCGAGUAUACUACACUUUAGGUUGGAACAAACUUAUGAACAGUUUAAACAACUAGAAAAAGAACGAAAAAAAUGUGAAGCUGGAUUAGCUGCUCAUUUUCCUGGCAAGAGAGUAACAAGUGCAAAUAAUAUACCUAUUCCUCGCCUCCAAGGAAACCCAUCACGUGUAGAUCGUUUAAUUAUUGACUAUUUAAGAGAACAUGCACGUGUCAUAACUUUGAUAGCAAAGAUGGAACGACUGCGAGGGACCACAAUGAAUCAACGCGUACACAAAGCUAUGGAGUAUUGGUUGGAAGCAAUAAAAUUCGUCCAAGAAUGUCGUAAACGAGAAAUUGCAAAUGCUACUAAACGCCAGAAAGAAAAUCCACCAUGCAUCCUUGUAUAUAACGACAAUGAUAUAUUAACUUUGGCUGCCAGCGUCUACGAAUUGACCAAGGCGUCUCGAUAUGCAAGAACUGGUAUGUAUAAUGCAUUGCAAGCUACUCUGCUGUAUGACUUGGACAUAGAGAAAAAAGUCGUUGAAACAUCUAAAGAUCCAGUACUUGUGAUAAAACGUAACGAAAGUGAGGCAGUAACCGAUGUCGGUGACUAUCCGAAUUGUACCUAGCAAAAUGCUGAAAACUGCUUUUUCAUAACGUACGAGAAAACAUAGAUCGAGCCCAGCAGCUUUUUAUUUACGUAUUCCGUGUUACGUUUCUGAAAAGCUUUUGCUGGCAUUUAUCAUAAUUUUAUCGCUAAAACAAAGCAAAAAAUGCCGCCCACUAAUUGCGAAUCUUCAAUGCGUCAUACGAAAAAGUACGCGUACUUACGCCGAAAUAGGAAAUAUCGUACGCGUGUCUACUUUUUACAAGGUAAUAGUGACUCCAUAGUUUUCUACUGUACAUAUUUUUAUCCCUACUAUAGUACAGUCUUGGGAAUGUCAGUUCUGGUAUAUAAUACUUGUGAUCCAAUCAUCUAUCGUAUAUCGCACUUUCAAGUGAUUUUUGCUUGUUCUUCGCUAACAGACUAACGAGAGAAACUCACAGACGUCAACAUUUUAUCUUUGGAUGGGUUGUCUCGCGUGUUUCGCAAUGCCAAAGAUAAUCGUUUAGAAAUGAUCGAGGAUCCGAAACUCGUUGAAACAGAGAGAGAAAAGAAAAACGAAGAACAAGAAUUGCUCAGACGUACUAAAAUAAAAACAAAAAAAAUGAAAACGUUUGCAAGAAUCUCCAACUAUAACUUGUUUGCGUAUGUGUCAUAGGCUAGAUAACAUAGACUAAAAUCUUACCAAUAUAUUUGUUCAGAGUGCUAGGCAGUAAUUUCUUAGACUAGUUCAAUGUGGCCUUCCUUAAAUGUGUGACCCAUGAUGUGUGUCAGGUAGUUGAAUAUCUCGAAAACUCAAGACGCGAUAGUAAACUUAAUCGCAGAUCGGGGGGAGGGGGGAGGGGGGAGCUUUUCAAUCUGUGAACUAUGCGCAGCCUUUCGAUCUGAUCGAUAAAUAGAUAAUAUAUAUACAACGCAAAUGAUGUCCACUAUACACUACUCGUAAAUCUUUGUUAAAAGAGAAUUUUCCUAAGGCAUACUCGCUACACGCUCACACGAGAGAGCAUGAUUCAGGCGAGUACGUACAACGUAAGGUAUAGAGAAUUUUUAACGCGUGCGUACGCGAAACACACGUAACUAUUCCUACAAUACUUAUACAUAUAAAAAAUAUAUAUAUAUACGUUCUAGGCAAAUUUGUUAGCUCUACAGUCGACUUGCAACGUUCAGCAAUUCCAAUUAAUCCAUUUUUUGAGUGAGUUCUUUCACACAAUGACUAUAUAACCAGCUCAAGAAUUUUAACGUUCCAACGUGUACGACUGUAUGAAUCCGUUUUUAUUUGUUAUUUUAUGUCGCGAUGAAAUUGCGUAUAGUUUCGCAGAAAACAUCGAGAAUCGUUACGUUCUACGUUUUUUGAAAGGCUCGAGAGCGGCGAUCGUUCCCGUAUUCCUACGAAACUACAGGUAUUCGCACAACGACGACAAGAUACUCCGCAUUAAGUGAAUCUAGUGUCCACCGGUAAUAGGAACAACGAGACAACAUAACUUAGGUGCGACGUUCUAGUUGUCUCAAGGUCUAAUUUUCUUAAUACCUAAGCUGAAUCGAUCGGCCUGUAUUACCAUUAGAAUGCUCGUGAAUCGGUUAUCGGUUGUCGAAUGUUGGUGAAGCUUUAAUAUAAUCAUCUGUGUAUAUAUCCGUCAAACUUCCAUCUAAGCUGCAUCGUACGUAGUAUUUCCCGAGCGAUUAAUCAGGGAAAGGUGUGUUGUUUUCAUUUCUCGAUACUUGUAUAUCAAUCUUAGGCGAGACAUCGCACCGAGGUAUUUAAUUUAGUGUACUAGUAAAUAUUGCGUUACUCGAAUAGAAUUUUCUGAUUGUCUUUGCCGCCGAUCCCCAAGUAUGAACGAGCAUUCCGAAUUCUGGACAACCUUGUCCCUGUAUAGGGACGCGUUUUACAAAAUUGUUAGAGAUUUAUAGAGUUUUAUAUGAAUAUUAUAUUUCUCUCUUACUCGACAUUAAUCCUCGUCGAUCAACGAUCACGGUGUAACUUUAACAUUACUUUUUAGAAAGACGUUAAUCCUUCUCUCUAAAUUCCAUAUAACACUGGAAAAGAAUAAAGUGGUAUUUUUAACUUCUCAAGAAAAAUUACCGAAGAAAUUUGUAAAGCUAUUUAUUAGAUUAGAUAACAUUUUUGUAUAAGGUAUUUCUGGUAAGACACUUAAUCGAAUCUUCUAUAUUCGCUACUUUUAACGGACCUUGUAUUUAUGAGAAGAACUGAAAUGUUACGAUCGAUAUUAUAAAUCACGAAUAGUAUUAUUAACGUCUGUUUGUUACAAACUCUGUACACAAAUCUUGUUACGCCACUGCCCAGAACGCAUAAUUUUCCGUUGAGUUUUGUCGAGCUUUUCAAUUUUGUCUACUUAGUAUCGGUAAGGGAGAAAUAAAAUUUGUUGAUGUUGGACGUAAAGCAAGUUUCGGCAGACAAGAGAUAUUAUCGUUAGGGAGAUACGUAGUUGCUCGACUGCGUGGAAUAUAAAGUUACAUCAGUGAACUUUCUAUUAAACGCUAUGGAAGAAGAGAGCAGCGGUCACGCUCGGCUGCAAAGACAAUCCCGUGCGAAAACUGGCCCUGUACUAUUCAAGUUCUUCAAGAACUCAAGUUAUACACACAGACUGUUAACUCGCUUUUACAUAGCGCUUACGUAAUUAUUGGGGACCAUGUCGAGCAUCGUCUCCUUGUAUAUCAGCAUACCUUAGAACCUCGUUUUCGUUACACGAACGAACACAUGCAUUUCUUCGCGUCCUCUCUUUCGGUUUAGUCUAUUUUCAAGGGAUACGCGAUGCGUGGUUCGACCCCUUUUUCUCGCGUCGUUCUUCUUCGUUUGCGUCCCUCUAAUGUCCCCCUGCUAUGUUUCGUCCCCUCUCUAUACGACGAACGAAAAGCAAGCAGCAAACAAGAGACGUCGUGCUUUUUGCGUGACGUUCGCUCUUUCCUUCCAACCCCAAUUUAAACAUGUGUCCGGGAUCGAAAGUAUAGGUUUAGAGAAAAUUUAAAAAAAAAGUAUAUAUAUAUAUAUGUAUGUAUAUGUGUGGGUGCGUGUAAUGUUAGUAUAGGAUAGAUUAUCGAAUGCUCAUAAGCGUACAAUGAACAGAUUAAUUCUGUCGCUUGCGUUACAAUAGGAACGUGAAAACAGCGAAACGAAGAUACACGUGCUGUGCGGUGUUAGCUGCGAAAAAGCAGGCAGUGCUUUACAGAAUUUCCUUCCGCAUUUGUCGACGUAUUGUAUUGUAACUGUGAUAUAUAUAAUGCCAAUUUGUACAUAACUUGUGCAGAGUUUCUCGCGGCAAAGGAUACGGCGCGCCCAGCAAAUUGGUUGGUUGGUUUCUCCUUUCGUUUCGCGUGUAUUUCAUUUCGACAUUUUUUCGCUUCGCGAGGCGCUUGCUAUUUCUGUGUAACAUGGAAUGUGAUACCGAUGAAUAGACUUACGCGUCCGGUUGUAACUUACGAAGAACAUCCGCGAUAAAGCAUUGGGAGUUUGCGAGGCGACCAGAAAUUGAGUAUACGAAUUUUUUGCGAUUACGCUUAUCCAGUAUUGGCAAGUGAAACUUUCCUCCAUAGUUGUAGUAUAUUUAUGUUAUCGUUAGAGCUAUUAUAUAUGCAAGAAAAAGUCUUUUAAACAUAUUAUGUGUGAUUUUUUUUUUUUUUUUUUUUUUGAAAGUGGUAUGUUUUAAAUAAUAUUUAAAAUUUUUAAGUUAUUUAUUUUCGAAGAGAACUCGAAGAGCAAAGAAAAUGUUGGAGGCAAAACUAUUAAAGUACUUAUUAUAUAUAUUAAUUUUAAAAGCUAUAAAAGAUACAAAUUUAACAAAUCGUUAAAGAAAUUUUGACAAUUAUUCAUUGUACCUGUUUCAUUAUCAAUAUGUAUACAAUAAUAUCGAUAAAUGUAGGUGUUCGCAGUCAACGGUGAAUUCAAAUUAAAACUAUCUCGCUAUAUGUAUACCAUCUUGUCAUAAAUUUUAAGGAUAUACGUGGUAGAAAUGAUUUGUUAAAUUUCUAUUAAUUUCGUUGCGGGACGUUAAUUUUUGUCAGAGAAUAUACAGAGUUCGUUUAAGAAUUUUCUCUUAUACCUAAAAUAAUCUCUGAGACUGCGUCAGGAGAUGAAAGGAUGGAGGACAGUUUCGCUUAUCAGACUCGAGUUACCACCUCUAAACAAAAAAUACGUAUCUUCUACUUUUGUCCGCCCUACAAUCUUCAAAAGUUGCAUAAAAAUCAGGGAAGUAGGAUACUUUGUGGAUAUUCGUUGUUAGUGUAGUUAGGCGGGCUGGGUCAUUGACGCGUAUUAAGUGGUUCGGUCGAGCGAAAAAGAACGAUACAAGGAUCGGUUUAAAUUUGGAGAUGCAAGGGUAUAUAAAUAUGGAUCAUCUGAAAUAAUCGUUUACCGAUAAAAGAUAGAAGAAGAAAAAAACGUAACAGGUUUUUCUCCGUCAUUUUUCUUAGAAUCUGAUAACGUGAAAGAAAAUAAUUUCUUUUCGUUUUCUUCGAGAUCACGUCAAGGUCACUUCGUGCAUUUUAAAUGGAAUAUCGUAACAAUUUAUAUGACCUCGAAAAAUUGGAAAGAAAAUAUGAAAAAAAAUGGAAAAUGGUACCAGAAGUAUCGAUACCACGAAAAUCUUAUAAAAAUUGUGAGACUGAAACUGAAACUGGCGAAGAAACAUCGAGGGAUACAACGAAGUAGGAACAACCUUAUGCGAUAGAAAUUUCACGGAAUACAUUCGAGAAAUUCAUUCGAAAGACUUGGCUCGUCUAACAACACUAUCGUAACUACGAGGUGCGAUCAGUAGGAUUUUCGGAUAUCCAAGAACGAUCAAGAUUUUGCCGAUCACUUGAUCGACAGUACUUAUAGUUGGACUAAUCGUCAAUAUCGUGCAAUCAUCCGAAUUAUCCACGCUAGUGUAUUUGGCCCGUAAGAUUAUCCAGUUUCUUGCAGUCCGUUCAAGAAGCGCCACGGUGUCACGGUCAAUCGGAUUAUUAUUUAUUCGCGUCCGUUACUUUCCGAAUACUCCGUUCGGAUCGUACGCAAAGAACUGAUGUAUAUAAGUUUCCUACCGUUUUAUAGUAAUUUCGAGUUUCCUUUCGGCUUUCUAAACAACUUCAACGUUUCGUCGGUUACUUGUCCUCUUUGUUGGUGAUUCGUUGUGGAACGUUAACGAGUACAAAAGCUGCUGAUUUCGAAUUUCACGCAGCAUCGUGGUUUCGCUCGGUGUAUCAGCCAGGGUCUUUGAAGGCCUUCAGGGUCGACGGAGGAGCGUUAUGUCGCGUCGAAAUCGUGUGUACAAAAGCCUAGGAAACUUGUCAGGUACCGCAGCUUUUCCGAAUGAGCAUCGUCAGGGUCGGGCCUUUCGGUUCAUCGCAGAAAAGUAUUCGCUGCGCGUAACUUAACGCGUUGAACGCUGGACGCUAAACUUUUUGUUUAGGCUGAGAUCGGAGAUGAUAAACAAAAACGCAACGCCGUAACGUAAAAUUAAUGAAAUUUAUUAAAACGAUUUAAACAAAGAUACGGGGGUUUCCUUUGCAGACAUUGCAAACGAAACGUUCGGCUGGUACCGUUUCGGAUCGGAGAACUCUAAAUCUGAAUUAUUGGUAUUAUUAUUAUAGUUUACACCUGUCUAACGAACUGCGAUCUUCGAUUUUUCGGUGUUUCUCAGUCGCGGUAGAGGCAGGCACGUCGGCGUAGCCUAAACAGAAAGUUCAGUGUUGGUUUUCAGGGAUUGGCACGGCGUUGAACGUAUUAAACGGGAAAAAGGGGAAUCGAUAGAAUGAACUAUCAUUCGGGUUCGUCCGUUUUUUCUACGCGUAAACUUCUGUUUAUUUCUUCCUCUUCGUAAAGGCACGGAGAAAGCUUUCGCAUAAGGCUAGAUAUGUGCAUGCGCACGUAUUAAGUGAUUACCUCGUGUCGUAUUUAUCAUACGCAGCAUCGUUUAAGAAUAGGAACACUAUCUACAACGAUACGUGUUUGACAAUCCUAUUUAAAUUGCAUGUGAUAUUAUAUAUUACCGAAUAGCUAAAUAUAUAUGUAUCUAUGUACGCAUACACGUACACAAGGUGUUUCGCUGACUCCGUUACGAUACUUUUUUUUCUCCCGUAGUGCUUCUAAAAAGGUACUAUCGUUUCUUCCCCUGUAUUCUAAAUAUUUAGGUCAAUUAUAUCUUGCUACAUCUUGUUCCGAUAAUUACGUAACGAGAAAUGUAUGAAUUAUAUUUUUAAUACGAAAUGUAUUUACAAAGGUUUUACUGCACAAAUGCAUAUUACUUAUCGGUAAUGAUUUAAGUGACAGAGUAGCGCAAAAGUUGUUUCUCUUAAUAUCGAGUAGUUGCGAAGGAACUUGAUCGCGUCUAACAUUUGGGUGCGUUACAAACUUAGAUGCCACGAGUAACGUUCUUUUGAUGAGCUUCGUCCCAAAACCGAUUUCGAUUGAAAUAUCAUUUGUCGAAUUAUACGUCUACGCAGUAAAAUUAAAAUCAACUGAUCGCGAAAGGUCAUCGAGAGAUGUCACUCGCACGCCGUCUGUUUCUCAAAGUACAAGGAUAUCGCUACGUCGUAAAAAUUGACAUUGUGUGACCAGUUGAAUUCGAUUCAACUGUAGAGGGACGAGAGUUGGACUUUAACUGACGAGAGACGCCAGAUAACUUGAAUAUAUUUGCGAAAAGUCGUUGUAACGGGUCUGAUCAAGCAUUAUGUGUACGUGCGUGUGUGUGUGUAUUUGUGUGUAUAAACGGCGUAUACGUGCACGUAUAUAUGCUCGUACAUACGAAUACACAAAUGAAUAUACGAGCGCUCGGAGCGCGGUAAAGCUACAUAGAAAAGAAUCUUGAGCGUCCAUAAACACGUGUAUAUAAAGCAGACGAGGUAGCGACGAUGAAAAAGUAGGAGAAAACCGACCAAUGUUUAACGCACGAAAUUGUCUAGGAUGUAUCGUUAGUGUACAUAGUAAAGCGAACGAUUUCUUUGCCUAUCGAUGCGUGAAAAUAUCAAGAAGAUGCUUAUAUAAAAUAACGUUUCAAAAAUUUCAAAUAAUAACUAGAAGCGGUACAGGGUCUGGGUGUGACGAUUUUAAAAUGCCAAUUCUGCAUCGUACAACGGAAAUUAACGUACGCGCGAUAAUAGACAGUGUUUAAUUUCGUUUAUCGUGUUACGUUCUUCUCUUGGAAUAUGUGCGUAACGUGAUAUUCUUAUCGACGUGAAAUUUCAGAAAAUAAGGGGAAAAAGAAUGUAACAGAAAACAACGUGUAGAUAUUUCGGGCGAAUUUUACAGUAUUACAGGGUGACCCAAAAAUGUUGGAGGUCCUUUGAAAGGGUGGUUCAGGGGGUGAUUUGAAAAAACUUUUUCCUUAGCGAAAUUGUUGUCCGAGGCUUCGUUGAGGAGAUAUUAACGGAAAACACUGACCAAUCAGAGCGCGCGGAUACUGUUGGAGCGGCCGCGGUAGCGGUGGCUACGCGCUAGGUAGCCGCUCUCGUACGCGAACACGUGACUCGGCGUGCAUCGAAGGAUAUUGACGCGGCCGCUCAGCGCGUAGCCUUCGCUACCGCGGCCGCUCCAACGGUAUCCGCGCGCUCUGAUUGGUCGGCUUUUUUUAUUAAUAUCUACUUAACGAAGCCCCAUCCGACAUUUUUGCAAAGGAAAAAGUUGUUUCAAAUCACUCCUCGAACCACCCUUUUCAACGACCUCCAACAUCUUUGGGACACCCUUUAUAUUCGUAGUAGAUCGUAGGUUCUAUUUUUAUUUUCACUUUUAUUUUUGAAAUUCGCAUUAACUUCCAAUGAAAAUAAAACGUACGGACAAUAAGGAACUCAACAUUGCAUACACAACUUUCAGAUAUAUCCGAAUGGAUCUUUGUUUUAAUUUAACGUUACAUUGAUACAACGUUACAUAAAUGCCAAAUAUCUACUCUAUCGUAUUUAAACAUUUUCAAAAGCGACUUAAUAACUUUGUUAAUCGUGUUCUUUAACAUUAUUUUAUUUUAUCGCGAUACGAUUAAUGUAUUUACCAUAAAUGUUCAACUUGUACAUUUAGGCACAGGUGAAUUUUUAUGCUUUCCACGUUCGUAUCCACGGAAACGAAUAAUUCCACUUCUGAAAAACAUCUUUAAAAUGAAACAUUAGAAAUACUAUAAACGAUAUUAAACGCUGUCUCGGAAAUUAUAACGCGCAUUCUUUUCAUACCGCAGAUGCUGUUUUUCUAAUUCUACAUGUUCGUUAAAUUCCACGCAGUCGCUACUGGCAAUUACGUCGUUCCGAUCGACGUACUUCGGUAACUUCUGUUUGUCAGUUCUCCUUGCAACUUGUCGAUUCAUCUCUCUUAAUACGAAUUACGAAUUAUCAAUUUAUUGUCGUCAUUUAUCGCAUCGAAGUUACGGUACUUUGUUUCACAGAGUUGAACUCGUAAUUCGGUUAAGUAGUUAAAUGUAAAUCGAAUAACGAACGUAUGGUCGAUAGAGGGUUAAAUCGAUUACCUGUUAAUAUAGUAGAAAACUUACGCCGUGUUACAUUAAUAAUACAUUAGUUAUCGAACAAUUUCACCAGAAAGAAACGGUUAACUAUGUGGCACUAAUAAAACGCUACGCGCUCAAAGAUACUCACGAAGAAACUAAUCUCCCCGAAACGAACAAAUAUGCUUGACAUGAUGCUCACACGUGGAUAAAUAAUUGCACGCCGUUUGUGUCCCAUCAGGAGCAACAUGUAUCCCGAGACAAUUGUACUUGUAAUCGGUUGUAUUCUGUGUAGCGAAUAGCAACGGAGUAGGUAAUUUAUAUUAUUGUUAAAGAAUUUUAUCGUACAGUUGUACUAGACUCGUUUCGACUCCCGAGUGUAGCAGCUACCACGGCCAUGGUAUCAUUUUUCUCAGUAACGUUCGUUAAUGUUACGCUAUAUAUUCGCUUCGCGACUGUACACGUUUCGAUUUUCCUUCUCUAUAUUAAACGAUACGUGUGUCGUGUGCUAAAAUUUGCAUCGAAAGCGCGAUUUUGCAUUGCAUUUGUAUUACACUGUAUUUUUACAAAUUUAUACGAACAAAACAUCAUUUUCAUUUCUUUUCUCUCUUUUAACGAUCAAACCGUUUUAUUAAAGAGAAAUCAUUUGGCUCGCUUUGCCAGUUUUGUAGUAUUCAGUUUCUCGCUCUUUUGCGUGAUAUCGGAAAGAUAAUACAUGUAACGACGAAUUUAAUACUCGGCACACGUAUUUAUGCAAGUGGAUAAUAUCGAGGAAGGAAAUAGAGAUUUUAAAUAAUUAACACGUAGCGUUUGUCCGUAGUGAAACGACUAGAGCUACCGAACGUAUUAUAAUAGCGCCGUUGUCACUCUAUCUCUUUUUAGUAUUCGAUACAGAGUAAUUUUGCUACAAUUUCGGAAAGCUAUAGGUACUCGAUGUGUCGAGUUGGCGACGAAUUAGACCUUGGAAAUCUCUUGGGAGGUUCUGCAAUGUUUCGCUGCGAUUGCAUUUAGAUACAUUUAGUAAUUUCGAACACUUUUGUAAUAGAUUCGAGAGCCUUUGAAACGUCGAGCGAUUUUCGAAAUCAGAAUAUAUGCUACUAAAAUGUUUACUUCAAAUGUUUACUCUAUGGAUAACGAAUGAAAGUAAUCGCAUUAUCCGCGGUGUUCUUUUAAACUUUGUUUACGUUGUUGAUUCAAGCUAAACUCCUAAAUAUUUCGAUAUUUCGUGACCUUCGAGAUUACUAUGCGAUUAAAUUAUUAAAAAUUCUAGAAAUUUGGUCGCAACGAUUCAAAGGCUUUAAAGUCCAUCGUAGAGUAUGCCUGAGUCUCUAACGAUACGCGGAGUUCGUUUUAUUAGCGAUACUCCCCUGUCGUCGAGUCGAAGACAGAAUUGUCAGAUAACAGUACCGAUACUCAACGCGUUCCAUCUAAUAUUCAGUGUUUCGUAGGAAAUAGUCGAACGUUGAUCUAACGUCGAUGUUAGAUACCCGACGGUUAGUUGCAUUUCAUUAAAUGUUCAUCGAAUGUCUGCGCACCAGUUUCGUUUCGUCGUUACAUCUUCGCUCUCUUAACUAUCGCUGGAGACCGAGAGGACGGUUCGUUUCAUUUUAUCGCGAUUCUUUUUACUUUCUAUCGUUCUAUUCAGUUACUUGGAGAUAUUACCACGAUAUAUAGGACGUUUCAGAAUUAUAGUUACACGCGUUAUUGCUUAGUAGAUUGCUUAGUAGAUUGCUUAGUACUCAGAGAUGCGAGUAAGAAACUUUUGAGUAGUACUCAUCCAGAAACUAAACCGCGGGUAUAAAUGACUUUUGAGAUCUUCGAGGCGUUCACGGCUCGGAGUUUUCCAGUGAACGAACCGGAUGGAUACCACAAAUAAAUCACCAGAGCGUGCUUUUAUACGAAUCGAAUUUUAGUGAUCUCUGUCUGAACGUUUCACCGGGGUGUGACCUCGCAACCUUCGCUUUCCAUUUCUUUCAUCGCUUACAAUCGUAAAAUGAUGUCGAGCGAUCUACCCCUCUCUAAUAUAGAUUUACUGGAGAUCCGAGAAUGUUUAUCGCAUCUAAUCCUCGAUGAAGAAAUUUAACAAGCUCCGCGACCAAAUGGCUCCCCUCGACUCCCCCGCUAGACCUUCUCCUAGUCAACUUUUCUUGUGAUUAAUAUAUUUUAAGCUUAAACAAAUUACUUAAGAUAAUAUCGUUUAUCCGAGUGUUCCUAAGUGAAAUUAUUAUUUAUGGUGUUAUUUAUUAUUUAUCGUUCUUUUUGUGUCGCAACACUUGCGUGCUAAUAAAUUGUAGAGGGAAGAGGAGCGUUGGUCUUGGAAAAAGUACAUUUCUUCCUAAAAGUCACCAUAUUUACCAAUCGUUACCAAUCCCGAAGGAGGUUAUAUAUAUAUGUUUUAUAUAUAUAUAUAUAAAGAGAGAGAGAAAAAGUAACAGUAUAAAGAGUCAGCAUUUGCUCGUCGCUUUCGCCUCUCUUACGUUAUUUUUGUCUCGUUACUACGAACAACGUAAGCAAAAUUGAAUCCAUGACAAUAUACCCAUUUCGCGUGUCUACAAUUCUGGGGCCACCUUUAUAUCAUGCGUAUUCGAUCGCACGGGUUUCUGUCCGGUUUUUUUCGUAACAUCGAUUCCGUACAAAGUCUGCCAACGCUUAUAUACCCGACUGUUAGCGCGAGAAAUGCACGCUGUGCAUAAUAACAGCGCUAAUAAGCGCUGUUUAAGUAGUCGAAGUCGACGAAGGCCAGCCUGUCGUAGCGCGAACGUAGCUGUCUCGAUUACAAAAUAUUAGCGAUGUCUCAACUCGAACGAUGGUUCGUGUUUCCCCAUUUUCUCUUCCGAGACGAAAAGCAGAAUCGUAGAAACGUGGCAGACGGAAAAGAAAUCUGCAGCUACUGUUUGCUAGGGUAGUCGCUUGCAUCGAUAUUAGGUAAGGGUUCUACGUAGGAAGAAUAGACGAUUAGUGGUACGUGCUAGAACGAACUAAACGGAGGAUGGUGAUGUCGAUAAUUAGUGGUACGAAAAAGCAUCGCGAGUGCGUGCGUGGAUAUUUAUACUUCUCUGUGUUAAGGGUAAAUUACUUAGCGAGCUAGAAGAAACUAAAGGGGAAGGUGAAAUCGAUAGUUGGUAGUAAGAAAAUGCAUAUUAUACUUAUAUAAAUAUAUAUAUAUAUAUAUGUGGAUAUUCAUAUGUAUCUGUGUUAAAGGUAAAUUACUUAGUGCAACGUCCGGGCAUGGACGCGACGAUUAGAAAAUUUAGAAACUUGUCAAAACCGCCGGUAAAUGGCAUCUAGAACAAUUUCGCACUUAGAUAAAGAAUUUUAGGUAGUUUUAAGGCUCGGUUAAACCGCUGGCGAGAUGCAUCCGUUCUCGACUGAUAUGCAUAAGUGUCUUAGCGAUCGUCGGUUGCUCGUCCGUAAACUCGUGGAACGUUUAUCGUUCGUUACCGACGAGCAACUGCAAGUUAGUUCAAAUUUUUAGUCAAUUUCUCGACGAACCCGGAACACGUGGAUUGUAAAUUCAUCAGCCGCACGUGCCGAUGGGUUUUCUAAUUGUAAAUAUCUUAAAUAAUUUCCAGUUUACAUAUCUUUAAACGAAGAUAUUAGGAAUGAAAUAACGCGAUACAUAUACGCGUAUUGUUGAUUCUUAUUUCGCUUUUUGUUUUUAUUUUUUCGUUUCCGAUUCCUCUCUAUUUAAUUCUUCUCUCCGAUAGCCGGCGAGUUAGCUAGAAUAAUUAUUAUAGCCAGUUUAUUAUUCGCUUCUGUGCAACGAUCGAGUGUGGAAACGUACUCGAGUUUAAAGAUUAUUUAGGAAUUACUAGGUACGCGCAAAGCUUUCUCACACUCUGAGUUUGAAAAUGGGACACGUGUAACCUGAGUUCCUUCCACCUUUUUUUUUUAUUAAUCAUUUUAGACAAUUCACCGUAUAAUUAGUAGAUAAUUAUAGCUCAAAAAUUGGUCUUACUACUUAUUAGUUGUACGCCUAUAUUAGACAACAAUUGGAUCAGACGAUCUAAAUUAUUAUUGAAAUAUAUAUUUAUUUAGUAAUUUUUUUUUUUUUUUUCCUUUCUGAACACGACGCGUUCGCGUAUCACAACACGUCACAUAUCGAUGAUUACUAUGAAUAUCAGCGGUAUCUUGCCAGUAGAUUUACGAUUAAUAUUUCUGCUUGUUCCAUGUUAAGAAGGAAGAAAGAUAAAAAUCAUUCGUACCGCCGCGUACGAUUGGAUACAUAAAUCUUCGCGUAUAAACGGAUAACGAGUAUUAAUGGAUUCAACAUCAACGAUAAUUACGGUUUCUUGUUUACGGGGUCGGAGCUAAUGGCGAAUAAGAAAUGUCUUCAGAAAUUCAUUUCGUAUUGCCAGGGUGAACUGAAAGUUUUUCUCGAUAAACAAAUGUUUGUCAAAGUAAGUGAAAGUAUUUAUCUAUUUAUAAUAUAUAUCGUUUUGUAACUCUUUAAUUACUCGUUCGUAUCGUCAAGUCUGUCUCGAUUCGCGAAAUAGACCCACUCCGUAUUCCAAUUUACAAUUGUUUACUUGUGUACUUGUGUACUUGUUUCAACGAUGACGUAGAACGAGGCGAAUCGUUCCAUGUGUUUUCUAAAUCGACAGAAUCACAAAAGCUACAAAAUCGAGUAUAUAACGUAAAACUGGAAUACUUUAAAGGAAGAUAAAUCGACGAAACCUUUCGUUCGCCCUAGUAUUAAGAUACACGUCGCGACGAAAUAUUAUUCGUACAAGUAUUCCACACGCUAGUCCAGAAGAAUUUACAGUAAACCAGUAAAUAUUUUAGUCCGACGGGUUCAACGACAUUUACAAAAAUUAAUUUCUCGAAAGCAUUUCUAUUUAACGUUCGGCUGUCGUUACGGGAUACGAUAUAUGGUGGACAAGCGCGAAAAAUCGGACCCGACGGUGAAUCUAUUCGUGUGUAGACGUGUGAAAUUGCAUCGAUGUUUUUAGCGCUAGUGACACUAGGAUCUUCAUGGAUCCUCAAUCAAAUUCAGCGAUCGAAUGUCGCAACGAUCGGUACGCUUGGAUGUUUGAAUAAAAUGAAAAAAAAAAAAAAGAAACGAAAAUACGAACAAAAGAGAAAGUUGUUCGCCGACGGAGAAAUGCCCCGCGAAUCAUCCGCGUCGCAGGCUAGAAGUUCUCAGGGAAAAGAUCGCAACCGUGGAGAAAAUAAUUGUGAACGCAGAAUUGGUCGCCCUGAUCGAUUUUCUUUCGUGGUGCCGAGAGGAUCUCCAUAAUCGCGAAGCUCCUUCCUCGAUGAAACGGUGAAAAUACGAACGAUCGUUUAGCGCGAGCUAUUCUUACGAUUUACUCGUCGUCAUAAAAUUUUUAACGCUUGAUACACGGGACAACUGGAUGCGCGCGUUUCGCGUAAUGUGAGCAAUUUUUUCGUGCUUGAAAGAAAUUGACGAGUUUCGCCAAGCUAUUCGUAGCUUGUCGUGGAUUGUAUACACGCUAAAAACAAAAAUACGUGCGUAAUUAUAAUUAAUCAUAUAUCGUAAAUACAUCGCGGUUAGUUUGUGCGUACCAGUACGUCGCUUUUGAUAUCCGAAAGUUAAGUUCACGACGUUCACGGGUGGACAGAGUUCGAUUUGAAUAACGGUUAAACACAUAAUAACAACGUGUGGCGAUCUAUCAGCGACAUUUGUUCGUUUAAACGAUCGUUCAAGCAAAUUUUCAUUCGCAAAAUCUAAUUUUUAUUCGACGAACAACAAACGAGACAUUCUCGUCGCAGACGGUCGAGGACGGAGCUCCGAAAUAUCGUCGGGUUUCUCGGAAAUCUAGCUUCGCGCGUCAUCGGGCGAAGAGAAAGACGCGACCUCUCGUAGCUAUCAUACGCAUAAAUUCGUUCGUACGAAGACAAUCGUUUAACGCUAUUACAGAAAGUAACCGCUCUGCUAAUUCAGGGUAACGGGUCAACGACGGUUGAGUAUUACGUGAAAAAAGAUAUUACUAAUAAUAAUUAAAUAAAUAAACGAAUAAAAGGAUAAAAAAAAAAAGAAGAAGAACAAAACGAACAUCGACGUCGCAAGGGGAAUACUUGGUUUGCGGACCAUUAAAUACCAAAUACUAUACAACGAUCGCGUUACAAUAAUUAUUUAACAUAGGACGGGGAAGAGGAUGCGACGAUUUUGCUGGCGACGAGUAACCGUGCAUCGGUUGAUCUAGCCGAACGAAGGCGUGAUUCGAAAAAAAAAAGAAAAAAAAUAAGGCAACGCGCGCAUGGCCGUUGAAAACAAAUAAAUGUUCGGUCCAAUUGCGAUAGGAUUCGUUGCCGUUUUGCGGUUAUCGGUUAGUAAAUUUGAUUGAGGACGUAAUUUAAAACGUAUAGUUGGUGCGCGUUUCGCGACAAAUAGCGAUGUUUGUUCGGUUUCUUGGGGUAGGACACGUUCGUAUGAUCGUUCCGUGCCGCGUGCGAAUCGAAGAGAAAACGAGGGAAAGAAUUGAAAUGCGAGUUUGGUCUUAGAAGUCUUGUCGCGUGAUCAGUUGUAAACGCUUCAUGCAUCUUUAGGAUCAUUUCUUAUAGCUCGACGGAUGCUACGUGAACUUCUUCGACAAAGUAACAUUCUACCGUUCGAGCUCUUUCAUUCCUGCAACCCUGAAAACUUGACGACAAUUUCGCUCGCAUCGACUCGCGAUUGCAAUUUUUCUUCGUCCACGUUCGCUUAAGCGUAGCAUCCGACCAGAGAUGGGCAAACCUUUGCUCGAACAAUAGAUACGAAUAAAAACCAACGUGUAGCAAUUUAUUCGCGACGUUUGCUCGACCGCAUUUAUUUGUUCUUGAAAUAUUCCAAAAUGUUUCAUUCUGCGAUAAAAAUUCUGACUUUUAUUCGAUGACAAUGGACGAAAUUCUUAUCCGUCAAUUUUUAUCCAUCCGAGCGUUAAUAAAAAGAAAAACUCUGCGUCGGACGCAAACUCUAUGGAAUUAUCCAACAUAUCGCGAAAACAUUGAAUCACGUGCUAUCGAUAAUUACAUUUACAUUUACAUCGAUAAUUACAAUAAAAUUGUAUUCGCAAGGACAACUGUAAUCUAACUAAUCUUACCGUGAAAACACGCGUAUCCAGGUACAAAACCUUUACGACCUAAUUAUUUGCUUGCGUGCGUAAACUCGCAUACCCACACAUACACACACAUACACGCGUACACGACAUCCUUAUAGUUCGAGCAUUCGAAAGGUGCAUCAAAUUGUAAGCAGGUCGGAUUUCACGUUACCGAUACUCCGCCGUUGCGUUCGAACGCUAAUGACGAUUCGCUUGCCGAAUCUGUUUACGAGUACCGAAAACGAUCGUAUUCGGAGAUACGUUUAGCGAAUUCGUCGGUGUUGCCUGUGGCGCUUAAAAUUUGAACGAACGUUGGAUCGCGUGCGUGUGGAUCGAAUUUUAAGCGAACGAUGCUUAAAGAAAUUAUACGAGAAUCGAUCCAACACGAAGAGCGAGGAAAUAUAACGGAAACGAUGCUCAAAUUGUAAGUGACCAAUGCGCCUCGGAGUGCAUCUCUUUGUGCGUUCUUGCGACACUUGGCAUCAAGCGGAUGCCCACAUCAGACACUUACAUACACUAAAGAUUAGAUUCUAAGACGACGGUCUCUCGCACCUUCUGUGAAUUGCACAAAAUAAUUUUUUUACGAAUCUAUAUAUAUAUAUAUAUAUGUACGUGUAUGUAUAUAUACAUAUAUACAUAUACAUAUACAUAUGUGUACACAUGUGUCGUUUGGUAACAGUGCCACUGACCGCAAAUUCACUUUCGUCGCCCGUAAAGCGAUCCCGCGCGUACGUUUGCCUAACUCGGUAAAGUUUUAUAUAUUAGUUACGCUUUUAUACAUUACGUUAACUCUACGACUGUUUUUUAAUGUCUCGCGAAACGACUCGAUCUCUCGAGAUACUACACUAUACUGCCGGCGAACAAAUAUCGUAACCGAGGCUUGACACGUUUCGAGACCAAUUAACGCCGUCGAAGCGAACGAAGUUACUCGCUAGGCGACGACGAAAAAUCGGGCGUCGCGAACGGAGCGAACAUAAACGGCCAAUGGUACGACGUGUUUGUUGAUCUAUCGUUGAAUUCCCUUGAUUUCCACAGAUUGUUUAAUUUCACGUUACAGAGGAAAAAAACCGUAUUUAUCGUGCAUCGUUUUAUUCUUAUCGUUGGGUAGCCUACAGUAUAUGUACUCGAAACUUAGCUUUAUUAUAAUAAUUAUAAUUAUAUAACUCGAUCGCGCCUGUAAGUCUAAUUUAUCAACGAGUUGUACAAAAUUAUGGCCUUAUCGCAAUGAAAGCCUGAAGCGUACCAUUGAAAUCUCCGAUGUAACGGAAACAAACUUUAAAGAAACGACGAAAGAAAAUGGAUUUGACUAAUUUUAAACGCUGAUACGUCCGCUUUUUGCUCGCAUCUGAUUGAAUAAGAAGCAUUUCGCUGCAAAACACGACAAGUUAUUUCUCUCUCUCUCUCUCUCUCUCUCUCUCUCUCUCUCUCUCUCUCUCUCGCGCGUAUUAUAUUCGUUUGUACGCGAUGUUAUGACACUGGACACUCGAACGAAACGCAUUCUAUUCUCGAGCGAAGCUUACACAGACAAUCCCAGCCGAAAAAUAAGCUCUUUUCUUAGAACUUUGUUUUUCGAGCGUAGUCGAGUCUUUGACAUUUGGAACUUGAAUGGCCGUUACAUGAAAAAAUAAAAAAAAAAAAAAACUGAACGCGAACAAUUACGAGAAAAAUGAGAGAAAACGAAUUAAAGGCAUGCACGUAGGUUUGAAUGCGAGAAUAGAAGGAAAGAAGAUUAACUGUCGUUCUUAGUGUUUUAUACAGUAGGCUCCUAUAUAACGUGGUUGAUACGCUCGCGUUGAAUAAAAAUCGUGUUACGCGAGAAUUUUCUUCGCGUAACACGAAUAAACGAUAUAUAGCGCGUUGUAUGAAAAUCGCAAUUUAUAAAAAAAAAAAUCUCGUCGCAAUAUCUUUAAUGCGUUGCAGGGAUUUUCAUUAUACUGGAGUUUACUAUAUGUAUAUAUAUAUAUAUACGUUAUGUUUCAAUGUACACUAUGAAUCGUAUUAACGAUAUAAUACCUAUAUAUGAUAAUAUAACAAUAAUAUAUAUAUAUAUAUGUAUAUGUACAUGGAAGUAUAUAUGUAUAUAUUCAUAUAUUAUAUAUGAAUGAUAUAUCGUUAAAUGGGCUGUGGUAGAAACCUUUAUAUACUUUAUACACCAGACGAGUCGGAUCUUCUUGUUUCGUUUGUCUUUCGAGAGAAAUGAACGAUCAAUCGAUAAUAAUUGAAACAACAGAAAAACACGGGGGAAAAAAGAAAGAAAGAAACACAUAUGGGAGAAAAUAUGGCAUCAUUUCACAAAGACGCUUCAGUCGUUUGAGUGCGUAGCCACUUGUCCUAUAUUCUGUCACACAACGAUUACCUUGCACAAAUUGUACCUAAUUAUACUUAAUAUAGUAGGAUCCGUCUUAAUGAUUGUCAAUAAUGGUGUACCUACCGUACCCGUGGUCACGGGCGAAUUACGAUAUUAGGCUAAUAAGGCUGUAAGGUGUAACUACGAUUAUUAGGUAAUCGUACAAGUUCGUGCCACUUGUCGUUCUCCAAUGUUUACGUUAUUCAAAUGGAUACAUGCAACACACCUUUAAAGAUAACGAAAGUAUGUAAUUGCCACCCUUUCUUUUUGUCAGAGGAUUCCUUUUGUCGGAAUACCGUUGCUAUAAAAAGUUCUGGACUUCCUUUUCUUUUCUUUUUUAUUAAAUGUGAACAUAAUCAGAGGCGCGAACUUGUGGGAUGACCUAACAGAUAGAGGUCCCAAUCGCUAAAACUGUGUACUGUGGUGCAUCUGCUUCGAAGAGUAACGCUUCGAGUUCGUUAACUAAAAGUGCGACGCAAGAACGUUACGUACGUUUUCGUAUCUACUAGAGAUACGCAUACAUGUAUCGCUGAAUGUCAGUCGUUUCCGAGUUUUUCUUGGUUUCUCGCAUUUUUCUUCCUUUCCUCUUUGACUCUCUACGUUGACGAAUCCUUUUUGAACGGAACUUUUGAAACGUCUCUACAACAUCGCGAUAUAACCAUUUGACACAAUUUUGAUAUUUCGAAGCUUUUCUUUGGUACGUUGUUAGCGCGAUAACGGUUCGAUGAUACUAUAUUCUGGCUUUAAUUAAUGUUAAUGUCAAUCGUAGUCGUGUUUGGUAAGAAUUUACGAAGAUCCUUUUUCUGAUACUCCUAACUGUCGAUGGGCUUCGGUGAUCUCCCUGUUAGAAUACAUAGAAAUCGUUAUGGUUUCGUAAACGUCGAUAUAGAUUCGAGCAGAUCGUACGAACGAUCGAUCAGUAUUUAUUUCCACAGUCGUUUCUUUCCUUUCUAUUUUGAUCAGCUUUAAAAAUCUGAUUAUCGAAUCAUUUAUUUCUCGUUACUUCAACUGACCGCAAUUGUCCCGGCAGUGUUACACUUUCCGAGCGUAUCUUUGAAGCAGCGUGCACGAAUAAUUGUUUAUUUAUAUAAAUGUCAUAGCCUUAGUUUCGCUAGUUGAGAAGAAAGAACGAAUGUUUAGAACCUUGCUCAAUAAAUAAAAUAUUAAUUUCGAUGUGACGAAUUAUGUACCGAUAUUAAUUUAAGUUAGAGUCCCAAGGCAAUAUAAACGUCGACCAUUCUCGCGAAACGAAUCGAAUGGACAACGACAUACGCUACAUCGCGUGUGCAUACGAUUGUGUUCGGGAUGAGUAAAACGGGAUUUUUUCAAUUAUUUCUAUACAAUUUCUAUACGAGAAAUCUUGUUCCCGGUUCAUUUCAUUUUUGGGAACACCUUUCGCGUUGUCUCCAAACAAACUUGGAGAAGUUUGCGUUGCGUUUGAAAUUGUAUUGCCCAUUCGCGCCAAUUACGGUUGAUCGUCGCGCCAUCUUUCGAUAAAAUACAGGGUGUCCCAAAAAUGUUGCAAAACCUUGAAAGGGGUGGUUCGGGAGGUGAUUUGAAACAACUUUUUCCUUAGCGAAAUUGUUGUCCGAGGCUUCGUUGAGGAGAUACUAACGGAAAACACUGACCAAUCAGAGCGCGCGGAUACCGUUGGAGCGGCCGCGGUAGCGUAUGAGCGAAGCCACCUAGCGAGUAGCCUAUGCCCCACCGGCAUACUCGCGCUCUGAUUGGUCAGUGCUUUCCGUUAAUAUCUCCUCAACGAAGCCACCUCCCGAAUCACCUCUUUCAAGGUGUUGCAACAUUUUUGGGACAUCCUGUAUAGUAAAACGUUUCCGCGUUCUACCAAUGUUUUCGAACGAAAAUUAUUGCGCGAAGUUAAACACGCAUAGGACCAUGUUUUCGUAAAGGUAGAGAUAAGAUAUCUUGAGCUUAAUGUAUUCUCUCGUGAAGCCGUGUAUAAAACUCCUGUUUGUACCUUACUAGUUUACUAUAACGCUAUUAUAGAUUACAUAUAAAGGAAUCGAAAGUGAAAGAGAGAAGAGGUCGAAUAAAUAAGGGAGAAAAAGAGAGCACGCAUAAGGUAAAACAAUAGAGAUGUUAAUUGUCCAUUCGAAAAUCACGUUAACGUUUCUUUUAUUUUUCGCUACGAUGCUAACAAAAUAUUAGUGUUACUUUCGUUUAUAAAGAAAUGUGUAUAAUUAUUGUGUUUUUGCUUCGGAACGUUUCAUAAUUCCAAUGAAAUUGGUUUUAUCGGAUCCUAAACGUUUUCGCAUCGUUCAGUGAAAGACUAAAUAUCAGCAAGGCUGGUUAUUAGAUUUCGAUUAGUUUCAUUUUUCUAUGUUAGGCAUGACAACGGUUUAGCAAAUGUGUUUUACUGAAAGUGUCCUUCCUAUGUAAAUUUACUUGUUUGUCCUCAUAAAUUAUAAAUAAAUGAUAUCUUUCGUGUUCACAUA